GUCACAUCUGUCACUCGUUUCGAUUGAAGAAAAAAAAAAAGAAACCUCGCAGCAGAGUAAAAACGCUUCCUCGUAAACAAGGCGCAGUUUUCCACCCCGACGGAGGAAAAGCCAUUUUCCUCGCGGCAGCGGAAUCCGUGUCCUUUUCCCAGCGCAUUGUGAACCGUGGUGACGGUAGUGCAGUGCAGUGAAAAUUCGCGGCUAGCAAGCAGAAACAUUCGCCACCAGCUCCGACAAGAUGGCGAUGUCCAAGACGACCAACACGUACAAUCGUCAAAAUUGGGAGGAUUCGGAAUUUCCCAUUCUGUGCCAGACGUGCCUCGGCGAUAAUCCGUACGUCCGGAUGAUUAAGGAGCGCUACGGAAAGGAGUGCAAAAUCUGCACCCGGCCGUUCACGAUCUUCCGGUGGUGUCCGGGUGCGCGGAUGCGCUUCAAGAAGACGGAGAUUUGCCAAACGUGCAGCAAGCUGAAGAACGUCUGCCAGACGUGUCUGCUGGAUCUGGAGUACGGUCUGCCGACGCAGGUUCGCGACGCGGCGCUCAAGAUUCAGGACAAGAUCCCGGAGAGCGAUGUCAACAAGGAGUAUUACAUUCAGACCAUCGAGGGUCAGCUGAAGGCGGCUGGGGAUAACACGGUGGCGGCGGGAGUCGUGGGCAAGUCGCUGGCCGCGAGCGACAUGUUGGCCAAGCUGGCUAGGACGGCGCCGUACUACAAGCGGAACUUGCCUCACAUUUGUUCGUUCUGGGUGAAGGGCGAGUGCAAACGUGGUGAAGAGUGUCCGUACCGGCACGACAAACCCGUCGAACCGGACGAUCCGCUGUCGGAGCAGAACAUUCGUGACCGUUACUACGGUCGGAACGAUCCGGUGGCGGAUAAGCUGAUGAAGCGCGCAGCAUCCAUUCCAACGCUGGACCCACCGGAGGAUAAAACCAUCACCACCUUGUACGUGGGUAAUCUCGGCGAGCACAUCACCGAGGUGGACAUUCGGGACAACUUCUACCAUUACGGCGAGAUCCGUUCGGUUUCGCUGGUCCCACGGCAGCAGUGCGCCUUCGUGCAGUACACCAAACGAUCGGCCGCCGAACUGGCCGCGGAGAAGACCUUCAACAAGCUGGUCCUCGGCGGCAAAAAGCUCACCAUCAAGUGGGCCCACUCGCAAGCCAAAUCUACCGCGUACGCCCAAAGUAGCGUGCCGCGGAACAAUCGAAUCUUCGACCCCGUUCCGGGACUGCCCGGCCAGCUGCCGAUGCCACCGAAUCCCAACGACUACUUCAACCUGCAAGCUUCGGAGAUGGCCGUUCUGCCGGCGGGUAUGAAAAUUCACCAGCUGCCACCGGGCUUGAUUCCGGGAGCGCCCACCGGAGGCUAUUACGGCCAACAGCAGCCGUCCGGUUCGGGGGCGUCCGCAGCUGCGGGCUCUUCUUCUCAGGUGCUGGUUCCACCGUCGUUGCCCAAUCCGGGCGGCAUGCAGCAGAUGCACUACCCAAGCCAGGAUCCGGCCCGGUUAGGUGCCCUCAAAAAGUAGUGGGAAGGUGUUUUUUUUUUCAUACAUAUGUAACAAUAAAGGAUAUCCAAUGACAAGUCA